CACGCCGUGACGAUCUUGACUUGGUUGUACAAUAUAAAUCACCGCACGACGACCGACAUGGCCCGCUAGAUAGGGGGUGUCUCCAACCUAUACGUGAAAUAGAUAUCCUCGUCGACAAUGUUUAGUGUUUCGAAUCGAGCGGCCGAUAAUUACUAUAGUUCCCGGAAUGGAAGAAGGUCUGAUCUCACCGAUUUCCAAGCCAUAAUCUUUUGCGGUUACGGGGAAUCACUAUAUCCAUUGACACAAGGUGGAAAUGCUACGCCAAAAGCGCUAUUGCCGAUCGGUAAUGGUGUAAUGAUCGACCGGGUGUUGACAUGGGUUGAUGCAUCGGGCAUACGGGAUAUCCUGAUCCUGUGUCCUGAUCGAGAGGUACCUUUGCUCUCGGAACACGUGCGGAACUGCUGGAUUUCGGGAGUCGACGUUCAUCGCGGUCAAUCCAACUCGAAUGCUCAGCGUCACGGAGCAAAACACGAUUCUUCUUUCAGUGUCGAGGUACACGGGCUUUCUGAGCGUGGAGAGGAAGCCGAAUUUGGGUUGGACGUGGAAAAGAACGCCGCGACUGGAGCUGGCGGACGUGGAAUCGACGUUCGGAAGCCCGAUCUCAACCGCAAGCAUGGUGAUGCGGACGAAGGCCUCAACGCCGAUACGGAAGGCGGGGUAGAGUUGAUUGGUUUAGGUGGAACUGGUACACCAGGUACCGCACGGAUAAUGCGUCGAUGGAGAGACUGGAUUCGGUCGGACUUCAUAGUCUUGCCCUGUGACCUUACGGUACCAAGCAACCUAGCGCUUUCCUCUCUCACGAACCGACAUCGAAACCAACCGGGAAGCUUGGUCACAUCACUUUGGUACGAGAAGAGCGAACUGGAACUGAAAGAUCCAGAUGGUCAGGAGGCUGUCCUGGUUGCAUAUGAUAAGGAGGGCGAACAGCUAUUGAUGGUCCAGCCACUAGAAGCCAUGGAAGACGAUUUGUCAUUGAGAAUGUCUCUGCUUGCCCAGUACCCUACUCUUACGUUGACUACGACGCUCCAGGAUGCCCAUGUCUACGUGUUCAAAAAGACUGUUCUUGAUCUGAUGAUGACCAGAGAUCCAAAGGAUCUAGACAGUAUAAGGGAGGACUUGGUGCCCUGGUUGGUCAAAGGGGGCUGGCAACGCAGUCUACAGGCCAGGUGGGACGCCGUUCUAAACCCAGGAAACGACCCAUUGUCGUCCGCUUUCGGAAGGUCGACCGUCUCUCGGUUGCGGAAUGACGAUUUGUACAAAUCAGAAGCGGCCCAUGACUACUCGCUGGUUACGUCCGGCAACAUAACCACCCCAUCCUCUCCGAAAGUCACUGCUGGUCAGCAACUUAUCGAUUUCAAACAAGAGCUGAGAGCCGAUAAUGGGAUUGAUGGCGACGCCCGCUGGUCUACCACGCGAGACAACAAAAGUUAUGGUUCGAGCUGUGGAAUGCUGCUCGUCAAGGCUCCCCUACCCAUUAGCCACGCCUCUGGCAAAGGCGGCGAUAGGGGAAAGACCUCGGCCCCUAUCGGAAUCCAAGAGCCUCUCAUCCGAGGAAAUACCGUCUCUGGAUACUGGGCGUUGUGUCGGGAAUAUUUGCGUACCAUGCCGCCCAACUUGGAGAACCUGCAACGUAGCAAACAGGACCAAGAGUCGGCUGUCGCAUCGAACAUUGAUCCCAGAGCGCAGGUAUCGGCAGACUCGCUCGUCCCGCACACAACAAGGGUUGGAGAAAGGACCUCGAUCAAAAAGAGCUUGAUCGGCAGGCAUUGCGUGAUCGGCAAGAACGUCCGGCUGUCCAAUGUCAUCGUUUGGGACUUUGUCAACAUCGCUGAUGGAGCCAAAAUUGACAGCACGAUAUUGUGCUCAAAUGUACGGGUCGGAGAGAAAGCGCAAGUCCAGGCCAGUGAAAUUGGAAGUGGCUAUGAGGUUGAACCGGACGCUGUCAUCAAGGCUGAAAGACUCAUCCUCGGAGACGACGCCUGAUGUCAAUGUAAUGCUUGUUUCGAGGACCAGUUUUAACAGGGCAGCACACGUAGGCAGGGGCCAGAUUAAAUAGCGCGCCAAUACGAAGCGCUUGCAUUGUACCCAGCAUACAUAACCUGAGC